AUGGCGUCUCGCAGCGCUGCGAUCCCGCGCAGCAGCCAGCGCUCCGCAUGUACCCUGCCUCAACAAUCCUAUGACGUUAAAUCUUCAGAUGCACUGAAAAAUUCUCUGUCCUCUGAAACGUGUCACAGGUUUAGGAACCAGAAAAGUGACACAAAUUUGAGCAAUGAGAAGAGUGCACCUACCCCUGUAACUGUCAGGAGGCUCACAUCUCUCGGAUCAACACCAUCUAAUGUGACUCUGAAGCCUAAAAGAGAUGUUCUCCUUAUGAAAGAGAAAAAGAAACAGAAGACACUGGAGAAGGAGAUUCGUGCAUUAGUGAGAGAGCGUGGAGAGCAGGAUAAAAAACUUCAGGCUCUGGCUGAGGACUUUGUUAAGAAUGAAGCAAAGCUGAAUGCUGCAGUUCAGGAGAAAACAUCUCUCUUGGCAAAUGUUGCAUGCCUGAAAAAACAGCUUCUGGAACUAAGAAGAACCAAUGAACUGCUGAAGUCAAAGCUGUCUGAAGAUGGCAUGCAAAAGAAAAUGAGCAGCCUGUGCCUGGAGUUAAUGAAGCUCAGAAACCAGAGGGAUGCUAAGGAAAAGACUGCACUUGCAAAGCAGGAAGACAUGGAAAUGAAGCUGCAGGAAGUGCAAAGGAAUCUAGAGCAUUCACAAGGAAAAAUAGCACAGUUGCAAGAAAAACUGUCUGCUACUGAGAAAGAGAAAGUUGAAGAAAAGUCAGACACUGAAAAACUUUUGGAAUACAUCACAGAGCUCAGUAGUGUUGCAGAAACAGUUGAAAAAUACAAACUAGAUGUUGCCCAGAUGGAGGAGACAGUGAUACAGAAAGACCAAGAUAUUGAAAUCCUGAGGGCUACCCUCAAAACUAAAGAGGAAGAAUCUUUUAAACUGAUACAAGAACUUAAUGAUAGGUUUCAACUGCUUCAACAAGAAAAAGAGAAAGAAUUGUUGGACACCAGAGGAAAAUUCCUAAGUAUGAGUGCUGAAAUAGAGGAUCUGAAGAAAAAAGUUUGUUUAGAAGAACAAGAACACCAAAAACUGCUUCAGAAACAUGAGGAGAUGGUCUCUCAGCUGAAGAAAGAGAAGGAGUCAUCUGCAUCAAUGCACCAGAAGUUACUAGAGUUUCAAGAUGAGGUAACAAAUGAGAGACGUCUUCUUGAAGAAGAGCUGAAUGAUACCAUGAAUGAGCUGAAUAAAUUGCAUGCUCAGGAGAAGAAAGCUGAGAAGUUGGUGAAGCGGUUGGAGCAACAAAUCAAAUCUCAAGCUCUUCAACUUUCACAGAUGGAAGUAAAGCUGAAAGGGAAGAAUGCCGAGUUAGAGCAAAUCAAUGAAAUGCACAGCAAAGCUGCUCUGCAAAUCCAAGAAGAGCACAGCAAUACACUGCGUAAACUUGGAGAGACUGUUGCUGAGUUUGAAAGUUACAAGAAGACAACAGCUGAAGAAAUAAGCAGUCUUAAACUGGAGAACACUUCUUUGCAAGAAGAGGUUGUCAACCUAAAAAAAGUAGGCCAAGAUCAUCUACAGCUACUUCAAGAAGCAGAAAACGUUAAGAACAAAGCAAAAGAAGAAUGUGCAAGGAUGCUUUUAGACACCCAGACAAAGCUUGCGCUAAAAGAAGCAGAAACAGAGAGAACAAAAGAGUCUUGCCUUGCACAAAUGACUAAACUUCAGGAAAAACUGGAUAAGCAAACCGAAGAUCUGCAAAGAAAACUCGAAAUGGAAAGAUCAAGGAAAACCAUAAAUGAAGAUGUGACCUCUAGCUUAAAAGAAGAGAUAAAGACCUGGCGUAAUCUGUAUGAGGACUUGUAUAACAAGACAAAGCCUUUUCAGCAACAACUAGACGCGUUUGAAGCAGAGAAAAAUGCACUCUUAAAUGAGCAUGGUGCUGCCCAAGAAGAACUGAAUAAGCUAAGUGAUGCAUAUGCUAAACUACUUGGCCACCAGAACCAGAAGCAAAAAAUCAAGCAUGUUAUGAAGUUGAAGGAAGAGAAUGCCCACCUAAAGCAGGAUGUCUCAAAACUGCGUGCAUUGCUAGCCAAAGAAAAGCAAAGCAACAGAGAUCUUCAGGAACAAGUGCAUGCAAUUCAGGGCGUUCGGCGUUUUGAUCCUUCUAAAGCUUUCCAGCAUGAUAGCAAGGAAAAUAUUCCUCCAAAAACUCCUUUUAGAGAAGGUAAUAGAAACAAAAUUUAGUCUCUUGGUACCAAGAAAAAUACCGUAAGUCACCAAUAAAUUCCCUCAUGUACUACAGAAGACUUCAACAGACUACUGUUCAAGGUGAACCUGGAUGCAGUGUAUAAUACAACUUCAUGGGAGUACUACAGAAA